CUCCACGGGCCCCCAUGGAUCCCCUCGGAGGAGCCACCCUCUUGCUGGCCAUCGGCCUCUCCUGCCUGCUGGCCCUCUUGGCGUGGUGGCAGGUGCCGCAGGACAGCCGCCUGCCGCCGGGACCGGCCCCGCUGCCCCUGAUUGGGAACCUGCUCCAGGUCGACAGGAACAAUGUCCCUCACUCACUGAUCAAGAUCGGUGAAAAGUACGGGCCGGUCUUCAUGAUCCACCUGGGGCCCCGGCGCGUCGUGGUGCUCUGCGGGUACGACGCUGUGAAGGAGGCGCUGGUGGAUCAGGCCGAGGAGUUCUCUGGCCGUGGGGAGCAGGCCACCUUUGACUGGCUCUUCCGGGGCUACGGGGUCGCCUUCAGCAGCGGGGAACGGGCCAGGCAGCUGCGCCGAUUCUCCCUCACGACUCUGCGGAAUUUCGGGAUGGGGAAGAGAUCCAUCGAAGAGCGGAUCCUGGAGGAGGCCCACUUCUUGGUGGAAGCCGUGCAGAGCAUGGAAGGUGCGCCCUUUGACCCCACCUACAUCCUGAGCCGCUCCGUCUCCAACGUCAUCAGCUCCGUCAUCUUCGGCAAGCGCUUCGACUACGAGGAUCAGGAGUUCCUCUCGAUGCUGAACAAUAUGCUCGAGAUCUUCCACUUCACCGCCACCCCCUGGGGGCAGCUCUAUGACAUGUUCUCGGGCGUCAUGUGGUUCCUGCCGGGCCCGCAGCGCAAGGUCUUCAGGCACCUCACGGGGCUGGGGGAGUUCAUGGCGCGCAAGGCCCAGGCCAGCCAGGAGUCCCUGGACCCCGGGGCGCCUCGCGACUUCAUGGAAUGCUUCCUGGUGAAGAUGCUGCAGGAAAAGGGCAGCCCAGGCUCAGAGUUCUUCCAGAAGAACCUGGUCGCCACGGCCCUGAACAUCUUCUUCGGAGGCACGGAGACGGUCAGCACCACACUGCGCUACGCCCUGCUGAUUCUGCUGAAGUACCCAGAGGUUGAAGAGAAGCUCCACGAGGAGAUUGACCGCGUGGUUGGCCGAAAUCGCUCCCCCAAGAUGGAGGACCGGCCCCGGAUGCCCUACACGGAGGCCGUGAUCUGCGAGAUCCAGAGAUUCACUGACAUGCUCCCCAUGGCGCUGGCACGGCGUGUGACCCGGGACACCCAGUUCCGAGGAUACUCCAUCCCCAAGGGUACUGAAGUGUUCCCCAUGCUGGGAUCCGUGAUGAGGGACCCGAAGUAUUUUGCAAGGCCGGAGGUGUUCGACCCCCAGCACUUCCUGGACGAGAACGGGCAAUUCAAGAAGAACAGCGCUUUCAUGCCCUUCUCCGUAGCUGAAGGAAGUGGACUUUGCCACAUCCUCGCGCCUCCGGCCCGGUGCAGCCUCCGCAGUGUGGCAACACUUGGCGCCGAACGCAGGAGCUCAGCGGAGGUGUUUUGGCAGCAGUUCCGCUGCGUCACGGUGGCUCAGCACCCCAGGUGCUGCAGCGGACGGGGAGGGCGCGUCUCCGGGCUGUGCCCCUCGGCCGCCGCUUCCUCGGCCCCCACGGCUCUCCCUGAGACGCUGCUGCAUCACCACAGCCGCCAUGUUCCCCCGCUCCCUCGCGCCGGGUUGCUCCCCGAGCGCUGCAGGGGCACCGCAGGCGCGUGGCCCGAGGAAAGCCCCAGAAAGGGCGGGCUGUCCACACCUGCUCCAGGCGGCUGCCAGGAGCGCCGCUGCUCGCCUGGCCCCUGGAGGAGCAGCUGGGAUCCUUGGGGCUCGCAGGGGAGCCAGCGCCCCCCGCAGCUGGGCUUCCUAGCAGGCAGGAACGCCCACCAAGUCCACGAAGCAGGGCAGGCCACGCUCCCUGAAGCCAGGGUGGCCCUCCUGCCCUGGCAGGAGCACACGGGGGAAGCCUCCCUGGCGACGCAGGAGGAGGCCCGGCUUGGUGAGCCCAAGGGGUCUGCUUGCCAGUGCUCCCCACGACUGAGGCACCGGCUGGGUUCGCAGGAGGUGGCUGGCAACCCGUGCCGCGUCCACCCUGGGCGGGAUUUUGCCCGGACCUCCCAAUCGGGCAAUCCCACGGCUUGCGGGGCAGCGAGGCUGCCGUGCUCCCCUCCUCUCCCGCCCGGCUUCCUGGCCCUGCCUGCACCUGGCAGCCCCGUGAGCUAA